GGUCCUCGGGCGAUGUCGUCGGGUCCGCCAUUUUGGAAAUGAGCAUUAAAAGUGGUGCGUUCGGGUGCUCCUUUGUAAAAGUGAGGAUUCGACCGACGGGGGCAGACAGAAAGUCAAACUGAACAAAGAGAAAGCACAACUCCCGUUUGGGAGACAAAAAAGUCCUCGAAUGUCGCAGCACCGGAUGCAGUAGCCGACUUUGAGCACAGGGUGUCGCUGUCAUACAACACUCCCCAACCAGGUUCCUUUCAUUUUGGAUCACCUGACUGCCACAAAGGCAAACUGGCCUCAAGCAAAGGAGUGUGUCACGCUCUGCUUGCCUUCCGCUCAGCACAAGAAACUCUCCAGAGGUGUUUGUCCAGGAGAAGACUGCCAUCUUGCCUCCUUCUCACCUGCAGGAUGCACUUCCUCCCGGCAACAGGCCUCAUUUAGGCCUUCCUUUGCCCUCGCACGCUCUGGUAUGCAACUGAUUUUCUCAGGAGAAGGCGUUUGUUCACGGCUUUCCUCCUGGAUUACUUGUGGAGAUUAGUGAUGGGGAAUGCUGCUACGGGGGCCGCCGAGCAACAGGAGCCACCCGACGGUCGUGAAGCAAGGAGCUCGGUCUCGUCUGGGAUGAGUGAGCCGACGCCCCCGGCGCUGCAGAAGAAGCAGCCGCCUCCUCCAAAGUUGCCCAAGCCUGCCGAGAAGGAGUUGGAGGAACGUUUCAAUGUGGUUCUGAGCUACAUGAACCUUCCGCCUGAUAAACUGCAGCUGUUGAGUCAAUAUGACAACGACAAGAAAUGGGAGCUCGUCUGUGAUCAGGAGCGUUUCCAGGUGAAAAGCUCACCGUCCGCCUACCCGGCCAAGAUCAAGAGUUUCUACCAGGAUCAAGUAGUGGUGGCACGUAGGAAAAAAAGAAUCCAAGAGGCCACAAAGGUCCUGAAAGAUUUGGAGAUAUCCCUUCGCACCAACCACAUCGGCUGGGUUCAGGAGUUCCUCAACGAGCAGAACAAAGGUCUGGAUGUGUUGGUGGAGUACCUGUCUCAAGCACAGAGCGAUGCCUUGUUUGACGUGGACACCAGCGAAAACGGCAGCACCCUGCAAGACCGAACAAGAACCCUCAAUGGAAGGUCCAUCGAAGACCUGACCAAGACCACCAACGCCACCACUAGCGGCGGCGCCUCGCAGUCUCACGGAAUGAGCCGAGCGGCGCGAGCGCUCACCGUGAGGAUUAGCUCCACUCUGGGAAACAAGAUGAUGAAGAGGUCGCACUUACCCAGCCAGAGAGAUGACGUGCACGUGUGCAUCAUGUGUCUGAGAGCCAUCAUGAACUACCAGUCUGGUUUCAACCUGGUGAUGACACACUUGCGAUGCGUCAACGAGAUCGCGCUCAGUCUGAACAGCAGGAAUCACAGGACCAAAGCCCUGGUCCUGGAGCUGCUGGCUGCUGUGUGUCUGGUCAGAGGAGGACAUGACAUCAUCCUGUCUGCGUUUGACAACUUCAGAGAGGUGAGCAGAGAGAGGAGCCGCUUUGAGAAGCUGAUGGAGUACUUCAUCAAUGACGACAGCAACAUUGACUUCAUGGUGGCCUGCAUGCAGUUCAUCAACAUAGUGGUCCAUUCGGUGGAGAACAUGAAUUUCCGCGUACACCUGCAGUAUGAGUUCACUCAGCUGGGCUUGGACAAGUAUCUGGAUAGCCUGAAAGAAACGGAGAGCGAGAAGCUACAGGUGCAGAUCCAGGCCUACCUGGACAACGUGCUGGACGUUGGUGCUCUGCUGGAGGACGCCGAGAACAGAGGUGGCGUGCUGGAUCACGUGGACCAACUGCAGGACCAUAACGUCAAGCUCAGUGCUCAGCUCCACGAGAUGGAGACUCAGACUGUUGAGAAGAUUUCUGAACUUGAGACUCAGCUCAUGCAGGCCACCAAAGAGACGGAGCUGCUGAAGGAAAGCCUGAGAGAUUCGUGUUCUCAAGUGAGCACCCUACAGCAGAGGGAACGUGAGAAGGAGCUGGACAGGGAGCGAGAGAAGGAGCGGGAGCGUCUGAACGUAGCGACACCUCAGGCACCUUCCGAGUUAGAGCAGAAGAUCCAUGAGCUGCAGGAGAAAGGUCUGAUCCGCCUGGGCCGGACCGCCUCCGGGGGCCUGGACAUCCAGGUGGUCCCCAUUACGGUGACUGAUUACAUCCCGGCACCGGCGCCUCAGCCUAGCGUCACCGUGUCCUCCUCCACGCCAUCCCGUCCUGUUGUGCCUCGUCCAACUCCUCAUGGUCCUCAAAUACUUGCAUCUUGUCCCGGAGGAGAGACACAACUUCCUCCUCCACCUGGAGGAGCGCCACCGCCACCUCCUCCACUUGCUGCAGUAGGAGGGCCACCACCUCUUCCGCUUGUUGCAGCAGCAGGCAGACCACCACCGCCGCCGCCACCGCCGCCUCCUCCACCAGCUGCUGGAGGAAGUGGUGGUGGACCUCCUGCUGGAGGAGGACCACCACCACCGCCUCCACCACCAGGGGUCGGGCCGCCGCCUCCUCCUCCACCUGGGGUCGGACCACCUCCUCCACCUGGGUCUGGACCACCCCCUCCUCCUCCACCCGAGGGCGGACCGCCGCCUCCUCCUCCUGGGACUGGACCACCUCCUCCACCUGGGGCCGGACCACCACCUCCUCCGGGUCCUGGAGCACCUAACACUCAGUCUGGUCUGAAAAACAAAAAGACCAUCCAGACCAAGUUCAGGAUGCCGCUGUUGAACUGGCAGCCUCUGAAACCGAACCAGGUCACAGGAACCGUUUUUAACGAGCUGGAUGACGAGCAAGUCCUGGAGGAGCUGAACAUGGAGAUGUUUGAGGAACAGUUCAAGACCAAGGCUCAGGGGAACCCGUCCGAUUUGUCUAAAGUCAAAAAGAAGUUGGGGCAGAAGUCCCCCAGUAAGACGUCUUUGAUUGAUGCAAACAAGGCCAAGAACCUGGCCAUCACCUUACGCAAAGGCGGGAUGAAUCCUUCACAGAUCUGCACCGCCAUCGAGAUGUAUGACCAGCAGUCCUUGUCCAUCGACUUCCUGGAGCUCCUGGAGCACUUCAUACCAUCAGACUUCGAGAUGAAGCUGCUACUCAACUACGAGAAGGACGGGCGACCCCUUGACGAGCUGACGGACGAGGACCGCUUUAUUCUCCACUUUGGGAAGAUCCCUCGCCUGACCCAGCGCAUCAAUACGCUCACCUUCAUGGGGAACUUCCCCGAGAGCGUCAAACGUCUUCAACCGCAACUCAACUCCAUCAUCGCGGCGUCCAUGUCCAUCAAAUCCUCGGCCAAGUUAAAGAAGAUCUUAGAGAUCGUGUUGGCGUUCGGGAACUACAUGAACAGCAGCAAAAGGGGGGCGGCUUACGGUUUUAGACUGCAAAGUCUCGAUCUGCUUCUGGAAACAAAGUCCACCGACCGCUCGCAGACUCUUCUCCACUUCAUCACCAACAUCAUCCUGGACAAAUACCCGGACUUGGCGAACUUCUACACGGAGCUUCAUUUCGUGGACAAAGCAGCCCUCGUGUCCCUGGACAGCAUCCUGCAGGAUAUCCGCUUCCUGGAACGAGGCAUGGAGAUGACCAAGAAGGAGUUCCUGGUGCAGGACGACAGCCCGGUUUUGAAGGACUUCAUCAAAAGCAACAGCGAGCAGUUGGAGUCGCUGACCAAGGACAGCAAAAUGGCGCAGGAAGCUUACUGCUCCGUGGUGGAGUACUUCGGGGAGAACCCCAAAACCACGCAACCGGCGAUGUUCUUCCCGCUUUUCUCCCGCUUCAUUAAAGCAUACAAGAAAGCUGAGCAAGAGAUUAAUCAGAAGAAAAAAACAGAACUGGAUGUAAGCGAAGGAAAAAGUAGCCCGCCCACCAAGAGCGCAGGUCCACGGGGUCCUUUGAUGCCCAAGUUGGACUUCAUAGCCGAGCUGAAGAGGAAGCAGGUUCAGCCCGGCGUCCGUGAGGGCAAAGAUGGCGCCUUGGAGGACAUCAUCACAGACCUGAGGACCACGCCGUUCCGACGCACGGAUGGUCGCCGGCCAACUCAGCGCCAGGAUACAUAAUAAACACCCAAGGCUAAAAACACACACAAACACACACAAGAAGCAGCUUUAAGUGGAAAAAAGCACAAAUGUUUGUUGACAUUUGACCUUGUAAAUACAAUACCUUCAUUUUAAUUAAGAAGUUACAAAAUGCAUAUUUGGAGUCACGUGUUAUGUAAUAAUAAUCAUUUUUAAAAAGUAGUCAGUGUUUUUGUGAUUUUGCACACAAGCAGGGCCAUACAAUAAUGAUCUUCAAUGUACCACAUCGUAGUAUUUUAUUAUUAUUAUUAUUUUUUUGUAAAGGAAAAUUGUGCCAACAUUAUGGGGGGAUUCUGCCAACCGAGUUGAGUGGAAAGCCGGACUUACCUGUUCAAAGAAGGUAGAUUUUUUUUAAAAACAUGUGUGGUAUCUUUUAGCUUGAUUGACAUAUUCAUUCUUCAUUUAGAGAUUUUAAUAUCUGAAAAAAAACAUAAUCCUGUUCUGUCGUUUAUAUUCUUUCUGUUCAUUAAAUACAUUGAAAAUGGGCACAGUUGCUAAUGGAGAUUAAUCAUGACUAGACGGGUAGGGGAUAGUUAGUAUAAUAAAUGAGUGUUAACUUGGGUAUUAAAUGCUCUAUUUCAGGGGUCUCAAACUCAAUUUACCUGGGGGCCACUGGAGCUAGGGUCUGGGUGAGACUGGGCCGCAUCAAGUUUUCAAAAAAACGCAUUUAUUAAAAACAGAAAAAUGAAUAAACUUUGCUUUGGUUCCGAUUUUCUACAAUAAAAGCUCUGAUAAAACAUUCCACUGUUCUCAAUUAUCUUAAUUUUUAUUUUUCUAUACAAAAUAAGAUGAAAAAUAAAUAAACAAAUCAAGAAUAAAGAAAAUCAAUCAAUCAGUAAUAAAUACAAUAAUAAUAAUAAAACACAAACCAUUAUUAGAACCCUGUAGACAUGACAAAACACGACUAUAGUCACAUUUAUACUCUUUCUAUUUACAACAUAUUGCGCAACUGCAGGGUCUUGAGACACAUGCUAACUCGCUAAACUAGAGAGCUAGCGACCUAAACGGUAGCCUCCAAGUUAUUUCCUUUGAACUUAAAAAGCCAAAAACUUACCACUUCCACACGGAUAGGGAGGAUAACUAUUAACAGUUAUUUAACCUUUAACAUGAACAUUAAUCAAACAUAAUAAUUUUUUUCUGGGUACAUGAUACCAUACAGCAUCCAUAUCAAACUUGCGCGGGCCUGCACUAACAUUAAACUUUCAUAUCAAGGCGGGGGCCGCGUGUUUGAGACCCCUGCUCUAUUGGCUUUUAGCGGUCACAAUCUUUCGGUAACCCAUCUUAACGCUCCAUAAUAAUUACUGAUUUUGUUUGUAAAAUACACCAGCUGGGAUGGCUACUUUUUUGAAUAAUAAUAAUAACUUAGAAUAAUAGGAUAUCAAACGUCCUCUUUCAUGUGAAAAUAAUAAUAAUAAUAAUAAUACAUUUUAUUUGUAUAGCGCUUUUCAGAGUACUCAAAGACGCUUUACAGUAGAGAAAAAUAAAUUAAAAUAGAGUUGAGUAAAAACAGUAAAAGAUGCAUUAAAAUACAAUAUCCAUACAUUUAUUCAGAGCUAAAAACAAGGCUAAAAGCGGGGCGGGGUGCAACAGUCAGGUAUAAAAAACAUGCACGACAACCGGAAUCGAGCACAAAAACCUGGGUUGGCAGAAUACCCCCCAUAACAGCAGCAAUACGCAAAUUAAAGUGAAAAAAAACAACAAAAAAACUUAACUUACAUACUCCCGCGUCAACUGAACUGAGAGCUCCAGGUGUCAUUUUAAGAUGUGUAGCGAAGCCUGUUGAUUACAACACACACACACACACUGGGAAGGCGGGGAAACUGUACAAGAGAGCUGCACUUUAUUGGACACACAACCACAGCAAGUUAUGUACAAAACUUUUUUGUUUCUCACAAUGGAAAAAAAAAAACACACUUUCCUCACAUAAAAGUCAUGGCAUCCACACUGAUAAAUGAAUAUCUGCACCAUUGAUACUUUCUCUAAUAAAGUCAUAUAUUAUUAAAUAUAUUUAUAUAUAUAUAUAUAUAUAUAAUAGAUCUAUGCCGUGUGUUCUUACAGUAUGUCACGCGACAGUACCCGCACACACCGGGAGUGGCGUUGAAUCGCUUUUUGGAUAUUCCAUCACAGAUGAACAUGCCUGCCUUUUCAGUCAGAUAAAUAACAUUUUACACCGCUAACACAUCUUUUCUGGAGGAAACAUUCAGUAUAGACAUUUUUUUUUUUUUUUUAAACUUAAAAUUCAUCUUGACGGCACCGUGCGACACAUGCAUUUGUUGUGUUUCAAUACCUCUGAAUCCAUCUUCAUCAUCAUCAUUAUUAUAAAUAAAAAUGUUGCUUCUGGACAUAAGUCGGACUGGCUAGGAACGUUUAUGUAUUCACAAAUGGGCUUUUUUUUUCUACUUGCGCCAACACAUUCAUGUAAAAAUACAGUACAUACUAUACAUACUAUAUAGCACGUGGCUUUAGCGUAGAGAUGUCAAUAAUAAUAAUAAUAAGGAGCCAAAAAAUGAAGGAGAAAGCGCUUAAAAGAUGAUGUUAUUCCUUAUUGAGCCAUCUCAGUGGUUCUGUUUUUCAGACUUGUUUUUUUUUUUUUUUUUUUUUGCUUAAGAGUUGUCCGGUUAACAAGCAUACAUGAACGCAACAUUAAAAGUCAUGUGACCUAAGCACCAUUAUGAAAACAGUGGAUAGAGUGAAGCAAAGAAAUAUAAAAAAAAAACAAUAAAAUAAAAAAAAUGGGCAAAAAAAAAAAGUCUUAAAAUGUAAAAAAAAAAUAUUCAAACAUACAGAAAAUAAAUAAAUAAAAAUAAAAUAAAAAAGGAAAUCCCAAACGCAUCAAUACAUACUUCACACAACAUGUGUGUCCAUAAAGAAAAUUGCAAAAUUUUCUAAUAACAUUAAAAAAAGUGCUAAGUAUAUAUACUUUGAAUUAGAAUCUAUACAGAAUAAUCUAUACAGAUAGAACAAAUAUUAAACAAAAAAAAGUACAAAUAAAUAAUCUUUGUGUGAAAUGCGAUAAAGGAAAAAAAAACAUUUGUACAAAAAUGGUUACUAGAAUCAUUUAUAAAAACUUAAAGGAGGUGAAGACAUUUACAGUAUAUU